CAAAUAUUGAACAUAUGAUAUUUGUUUAGUAGUAAUAAUUUAUAUUUAUAUAUACAUUAUUUUAUUGUCCUAUUUGGAAUUUAUUUAUCGAUUAUAACAAUGAUUCGAAGUUGCUGCAUUUCAGAAUUUUACACCAGUAUCACUGAUAUGAAGAUUAUUUAAAAUUUCACAAUAUCCAACAUUACAAUUAUUCGAAUAUCAAAUUUGCAGUGUGAAAAUUAUAUUAUUAUUAUUGGAAUGAAAUGAUGAAUAUGAAAAGAAAAUCAGUUUUCCAGGAUAUUUACUAUCAACCCUACAGAAGUAAAUACUUCAAAAAUGACUUUAAUUUAAAAGAUGAUGAAAACUUCCUGCAACGUUUAGAUAUUCUAAAAAAUCUACAAGUUCAUCAGGGUUGUGUAAAUACAAUUUGUUGGAAUUCUACUGGGGAAUAUAUUCUUUCUGGAUCCGACGAUCAACAUCUUGCAAUUACUAAUGGACACGAUUAUAAGUUUAUGGACAGAUUUCGAACAAAGCAUAGCGCAAAUAUAUUUUGUGCAAAAUUCUUGCCUUCAACUAAUGAUAAACAAAUAGUGUCUUGCUCUGGAGAUGGUGUGAUCUUACAUACAGACCUGAAUAGAAUAAAAGAUCCUGAGACACACAGUUUCAGUUGUCAUAGUGGAACAACAUAUGAACUUGUAACAGUUCCAUUAGACCCUCACAUCUUUUUCAGUUGUGGUGAAGAUGGUACAGUGAGAAGCUUUGAUUUAAGAACACAAACUAGCUGCUAUGAGACUAGAUGUAAAGCCAAUGUAAUCAUAUCCUCCAAGAGAGCAGUGACUGCGUUAGCCAUUAAUCCUACCAAUAUCAAUCAAAUGGCAGUAGGAUGUUUAGACUCGGCUGUUCGUUUGUUCGAUAGAAGGUUACUCAAACCUAUUACCAGAGGUAAUCCUAGUUCCGAUCCAUACUGCAUCUUCAAAGCCCCAGAUCUGGAGGAACCCCCAUAUAGGAUAACAUGCUUGAAUUACAGCGACGAUGGUACUGAAAUAUUGGUUAGCUAUUCUUCAGACCAUUUAUAUUUAUUUAAUUUGAAGACCCUGAGUCGAAAACACUAUGAACAGAAAGUUGUUAGUGGAAUAGCUGAUGAUAGGGGGGUAAAUUCAUUUUUAUUAAAGAAAAAAUCUGGAAGUACAAGGGCACGCGUAAGGAGGCUUCGUUUGAGAGGUGAUUGGUCAGACACUGGACCUAACGCAAGGCCCGAAAGAGAAGGUGGAAAUUUUGUGGGACAAGCUAGACCACAUUUACAAGGUACACUGAUGAGGAGUAUGACUGAAGUUUUAUCAAGAAUGCUUAACGAUCCUGUCACUAGAGCUACUCUUAGUGGUAUUGGAGAGGAAGCUUUAGAUCCGGAAAGUGUGCAAAGACUUACUGACAAUCCAGAUGAAACAAAUCCAAAUUUAUCACUUGAAGACGAUGGAAGAAAUCAAGUUUCUAAUUCUGACAACACAUCAAGUCCUUCAGAUGCCACUGAAACAUUGCCCAUAUCACAUGGAGUAUCUACAUCGUCCGGGCAGCAGAGUUUGAGCCAGCCCUCUACUUCUUCCGACAGUGAUUCAUCCGCUGUUUCUAGAGACCUCCAUAACAAUUUGAACGUCUUGAGAAACCUCAGACAGGAUUUCAUUGAACACCAUGGAUCUGAACCUUCAGUCAGCUUGAAAUAUUCUAGUCAAAGUACAUCACAAUCAACAAUAAGUUUGAACUGUAAUAAUAAGACACCUAAUUAUAAAAGUUCCAAAUCCAAUAUUUCAUCUACAGCUUUAUCAGAAGAUUCGGAUUAUGAUGAUGAGAUCGGCGAUUAUGGUACAUUUCACGAUAUGGAUGAUUAUAAUAAUACUUAUCAAGCAGAGCUGAAGAUGAAAUACACAGGACAUAGAAAUGCCAGGACGAUGAUUAAAGAAGCCGCCUUUUGGGGCAAUAAGUACGUUAUGUCAGGAUCAGAUUGCGGCCAUAUUUUUGUAUGGGAAAAAGAUACAGGCGAACUUAAAAUGAUAAUGCAAGGUGAUCAUCACGUGGUGAAUUGUCUGCAACCCCAUCCAACGCUUCCACUGUUAGCAACCAGUGGAAUAGACCAUGACGUUAAAUUAUGGGCGCCACUACGAGAAGAACCUGAAUUUAAUUCCCAAUUAGCAGAUGAGAUUAUUGCUAGAAAUGCCAUUAUGUUGGAAGAAACUAAAGACACAAUAACAGUACCUGCCGCAUUUAUGAUCAGGAUGCUUGCCUUCCUUAAUCAGAUGCCUAGGAUUCAAAACCGAAGAAGAACUUCAACUGAGAAUUCCGAACAAUAAAGGAUUAAGUUUGAUGCCCGAAAGUAAUAUUUGAUGCCAUCCGAACUCUUCAAGUUGAUAGAUCUAAAUUGUAGUUGGACUAACCUCGAUUCAAAAUUAAUUUUUAAUUAUCUAUAUACGAAUUUUCCUCCAGAAAUUGCUUGUUUUGUUAUAUGUAUUGCUAUUCAUCAAGUCUUUGUUGGUUUAUGGUGUCCCAUGUAUUUCAUCAAAAAGCUUUUUUCCUCAAUAAUAAUGAAAUUAGGUUCAAGCGGAUGACAAAGAAAAUUAGUUGUUUUACGAUUUUUAGUAUAUUUAAAUGUUACGUUUGGUGAUAUAACAUUGUGUUGUUGAUAACAUUUACAUGUUUUUCCCGGAAUUUUUCUGUGGCUUUCUCUUAUCCUUACUGACUGCUGUUAUGAUUUUGAGAAAAUUGUGAUAAUUGUAAUUAUAUUUACAUAAUAUUAUUUGAUUUAUGUGCCUCCACUUUUAGCUGGAAUAUGCAAAAAAAUAUACGCAAUAAAGUGAA